AUGCAGGGUUUCAUUGAGGUUAGUACCCCAGUCGGUAACGUAUACCUUCAGACCGUCCUUGUCAAUUCGUUCAACUCGGUAUACGUCCAUAUCCCCGGCGAUUGUCAGACGACACAAAUCUUUUUACCUUCUCCAGAUUGCCAGCAUGGUUUUCUGGGGUUGGGUCACAACGUUGGAAGGCCCAUUAAUAUUAGCCAAAUCCUUCAGAACAGUCACAACGCCCAAUGGUUCUCCCAUUCCAUCGUCUUUGUUCCCCUCUUGUUCCAACAAAUUCUAUUGUUCCUUUUGCAAUAUCACGAUUGCGAAAGGUAA